AAAUCCAAAAUAGCUUGGGGAAAAAAAGAAUCCAAAAUUUCACACCACCGUCGGAAUUCGGAAACACAAGAAUUUAGUUUCAUUUUCCCUCCAUCUCGUUUCUGGUCAUGGAAGCAUCAGUGAGACUGUUGAAUUCCUCCAAUCUUCUAUCAAAUCGCCAUCUCACACAUUCAAUUCUCCACAGGAAUUCACUUAAACCUCUCCCAAAGACCCCUUCAUUCUCAUUUCCUCGUCAAAACCCUAGAUAUCCAAUCUCGGCUCGAAUUAGAUCAUCAUCUUUUUCUGUUCCUUUUCAACAUUCAUUCAAUUCAUGGAAUUCAAACCCCCUAGGGUUCUUUCUCUCCUUACUUUCUCCAUUUCAAGGCUCUUUUAGUUCUAACAAUCAUUUUAGCAGUGGAGGUAUUUCUGAUUUGGAAAAGAAUUUUCUGAUUUGGGAUUCAACUUCAAAUGGGGUUACUAGGAAAUGGGAAUCAGGGGUUCUGAAAGAUCAAAAUUCUGCCUGUACUGUUGUAUUGUUAGGUUGGCUAGGUGCUGAACAUAAACAUUUGAAAAGAUAUGUAGAGUUGUAUACAUCAAAAGGAAUUCGUGCUGUGACAUUUGUUGUUACGGUGAAAGAAUUGUUAGGGUUUGAUUUGGGGAAGAGAGUUGAGAAGAGGGUUUCUGCAUUAGCUGAGGAAUUAGUUUCUUGGUUAGCAGAUAACGAGAAAGACGGGAAGGAGAGGAAUUUGAUAUUUCAUACUUUCAGUAAUACUGGUUGGUUAGCCUAUGGAGCUAUUCUUGAACACUUGCAGUCCAGUGGAAACUUCCUUCGGUCGAUUAAAGGAUGUGUGGUUGAUUCAGGAGCAGCUCCAGAACUAGACCCAAAGGUCUGGGCAGCAGGAUUCUCUGCUGCACUGCUGAAGAAGCGAGGAUCCUCAAUUCUUCCUUCAGAGGGGUUUAUAAGAAAAGCUAAUGGAUCCACACCUGACAAAAGCAUUUCGAAUUUGGAAGAGGAUGAGCCCUUGUUUAUUGAAACCAUGCUUCUGGCAGUCUUAGAGAAAUUCUUCUCCUUCAUCUUGAAGUUGCCUGAAGUAAAUCUAAAGUUAACCAAGAUCAUCUCCCUUCUCUCAGCCGACCAGCCUACUUGUCCUCAACUUUAUCUCUACAGCACAGCUGACCGUGUUAUUCCAUUUCAGUCAGUAGAGUCGUUUAUCAAGUUUCAGAUAGGGAUGGGUAGAGAUGUGGGGGCCUAUAACUUUGAAUCGUCCCCACAUGUUGAUCACUUAAGAAGCUUCCCCCAUAUAUAUUCAGAAGUAAUUCACAAAUUUUUGAAAGGGUUUGUCGCUAAGGUUGGCCAUCCUGAAGCCUAAUGAACCGUGGAAGUUGAAAAUUAACUCUGAAACCAAGUCCGGUCGGCAAUGAGAUGGGCAGAAAGGUAAAAUGCCUAAUUUGGGUUCUUGAUUCUUUUGUAUUGGGAUUUAGGUUCAUACAUUGUUUUUUGAUUGCCUUCAUUGCACAAUGAUUUCUGCACACAAACGAUUACAAACAAAAAUGGAAGAACAGCAUUUUCUUAGGCAUAUCAUGGUUGUCGUAUGGUAUUGUUUGGAUAGUUGGUUGAAGGUGGGUUUUUCCUAUUAAAGGCAUGUUAAUGUGCAUUUUUCUUUAUUUGAACUGUCAGUUUUCUCAAUCACUCUCUUACACGAUGGUUGCUACAAGGAUGUAUUUGUUGUUUAGGUCUUUACCCGACAAAUAAUUGGGCUUCAACACAAUGAUACUUAUCCCUUUGUACUUUCAUAGCUCAUGCGGAAUAUUAUUAUGCACAUGCUUUUGUUUGAAUUGGUAUAAAACACUUUAGGGUGGACUGAGCCUAACAGAGCUGUUAGUUCUGUUGCCGCUUAAAAAUGCUGUAUAAAUCUUUCCAUCAGCUGGAGUUCUGUAAUUCUGUAUAACUCUUUCUCUGUCUCUCUAAUUCCCGCGGUGUAUUGUUAA